AUGAAGAAUAAAUAUACCUCUGUUUCAGACUCUGAAGAGUCCUUAAAAACGCUCAAUGAUGAAAAGUCAGACACUCGUUCUUCAGAGGGUACGCCUCCUCCGUAUUCAGCUUCAAACAAAUUUAUCGAUUUAGAAAUGGCUGACGGAUCCGCUCAGAAUUCCGCCGAAUUAUCCGAAAAUAAUAUUAGGUCUGACCCUUCGCCAAAUAAACAGUGGUGGAAAACACCUGUCAUAGGAACAGUGACCAUUAUAACGAUUUUAUAUAAUCUUGUUUUUCUAGCCAUAAUUUUUGGUUACAAGGUUUCUCCGUAUUCAAUAGCUUUUUAUUGGCUUGCUGCCGUUUCUAUUGGCACUAUUUUUAUUUUCCUAUUAAGUGAGUUAAGAAUAUCUUGUUCUCAAAUAACUGACCUAUUUUUAGCGAUUCUUGUAACGUAUCCAGAAUGGUAUCGGGAAGCUGGAAGAGCAACAAAGAAGUGCAUUAAGAAAUCUGGAAGAGCAACAAAGAAGUGCAUUUACCCUGAUAAGUUUGAAUGGAGUCGGGGGGUAUGUUUUGAAAUUAGCAGGAGGCUUCGAAUAUAUACAUUCAGCCAUGGUGUUGGUUGUUUUGGCCGUAUUGAACAUAUGCUUGUUUGUUCUUCUCAUUCGAUUAGCAGGAAUCGUCCACCUCGUAACGAAGAAACCGAACUUCAACCUCUUGCUGAUCAAAGCUCUGAAGUUUGA